AUGAUUAAGGUGACUGUACGCCAGCAUGCGUGGGAAAUCCUAGCAGGAGAAAAGGUAUUUGUGUCAGGGGUAGUAUUUUCUCUGCUCACUGACUGCUUUUGUGCUCUUUGCUCAGGCAUCAGCAAACUGCUUUCUACGGCUGCCCUUGCUCCUCAGAUAUGUAUCGUGGGGAGUGGACCUGCUGGGUUUUACACUGCCCAGCACCUCCUGAAGCACCACCAGCUAGCCCAGGUGGAUAUUUAUGAGAAGCUGCCGGUUCCCUUUGGCCUUGUUCGUUUUGGAGUGGCACCAGAUCAUCCGGAAGUCAAAAAUGUAAUCAACACAUUUACUCAGACGGCGCGUUCCGAUCGCUGCUCCUUUUAUGGGAACGUCACUAUUGGGAAGGACGUGAUGGUGGAGGAGCUGGAGCAGGCUUAUCAUGCAGUGGUUCUGAGCUAUGGUGCUGAAGACAACCGGAUUCUGGGCAUUCCAGGGGAGAACCUCUCGGGGGUUUAUUCAGCCAGAGCGUUUGUGGGCUGGUACAACGGACUGCCCGAGAACAGAGAUCUAAAGCCCGACCUAAGCAGCGAGACAGCUGUGGUCCUGGGGCAGGGGAACGUGGCUCUGGAUGUUGCCCGAAUUCUGCUGUCUCCACUUGAUACACUCAGGAAGACAGACAUCACUGAAGGCUCCUUGGCAGCCAUUGCCUGCAGCAGGGUCAAGCGCGUGUGGCUUGUUGGGAGGAGGGGGCCCCUCCAGGUAGCUUUCACCAUAAAGGAGUUGCGGGAGAUGAUAAACCUGCCUGGAACCAGACCUCUCCUGGACUCUGCCGACUUCACAGGCCUGGGCGAUGCUAUUAAAGAUGUUCCCAGACCCAGGAAGCGUCUGACCGAGCUGAUGGUCAAGUCGGCUCUGGAGACACCUGGUGAGAGAGAGGCUGGUCGCUGGGCAUCCGCAACCAAAGAGUGGGGCUUGAAGUUCCGACGCAGCCCGCUGGAGGUCCUGCCUGCUGCUGACGGGAAGCAAGCAAGAGGCGUACGACUGGCCGUCACCAGACUGGAAGGUUCGGGCGAGUCUGCCAGAGCUGUCCCCACCAGAGAAAUGGAGGAGCUUGAAUGUGGAUUGGUCCUCAGCAGCAUUGGCUACCAGAGCCUCCCGCUUGACCCUUCCGUACCAUUUGACCCCAAACUGGGGAUCAUCCCCAACAGCCUGGGCAGGGUCCAGGGGGUACCAGGUCUGUACUGCAGCGGCUGGGUGAAGAGAGGCCCCACCGGCGUGAUUAUCACCACCAUGAGUGAUAGCUUUGACACAGCCCAGUCCGUGCUAGAAGAUCUCCAGUCGGGGGUGCUCAACCUUUCAGACACCAAGGAAGGCUUCAAGUCCUUGAGAAGCGUUCUCCACAGUCGAGGGGUCCAUCCGGUCACCUUCUCCGACUGGGAGAAGAUAGAUGCUGCUGAAGUGGCAAGAGGCAAGUUGGCUGGCAAACCUCGGGAGAAGAUAGUGGAUCUUCAGGAGAUGCUGCAGUUGAUCGGUCACUGACGAGGCCUGUGCACAGCUCCCUGGGUGUGAGGAAAGUGACAUAUCCAUGGUGUAUCCUUUGCAUUUCCUCAGCAAGUCCCACUUGCUGCUGGGAGUGUCUGCCAUGGAGAAAGGGCACAGUCAGACCUGAUUGCUGUGCUUGGAUGCAUGGGAGAAGGUGGUGGCCUAGGCCUAGGGACCUUUCGGGUACUGAGCUGGAACAGACUCUGGAGUCUCAAAGCAGAUACAAGUUUACACAAGGCCAUGUAUUACUGACUCCAGCCACCUUCCCUUCCUGAACCAGUCUUAUAGGUGGUCGCUGCAGAACCUGGAAACUUGCUAUAGACUGGGUCACUUGGGCAUAAACGUUUGGUUGGACCAGAUGCCGUGUAGGGGGAGAGGCCCUGGCUUGCUGAUCUCCUUUGACCAUUAGAGAAGUUUUACGGCACCUGUAAAGCCAGUGAGAGAAAACAGGCAACCGUCCCCUUUCCAUUUACACCAACAGCCUGAAGCCAAAUGGCUUGAUUCCUUUGUAACCUGUCACAGUCUGAGCAAGUUAUUUUCUCUUUUAAAUCCCUUUUAAAUAAACCCUUUCAAGAAGAGGAAGAUGAAGGGGGAGCUACAGUUUAAAACUCCAACCUUUUAAUCUGUGUCUGCGUUCAUCUAGGAGCUGGCGGGCCGGCCUAGGGUUGCAGCUAGCCGUGAAGCUGAUAAAUGCAGGGCAGUGGUUCUCACCCACUGAGCGAGUGUUGCUUUCUGUCUGUUGCCAACUUUACUAGGCAGCCUGGGUCAAUAAACCUUGGAGAGUCCCGAUCAGCACUUCAUGGAGGGACCCUACACUGGACUGGACUGAUUCUGUUUUAUUUUAGCCUGUGGAGCAGGGGGAAUUGAUAAAUAUAUAAUUGACUUGUCCCUGAAUCAUCCGUGUACUGGUACUUAGAAGCUACAGCCAGUCCUGAUUGGGACUAGUGGUAGCCUCUUGGCUGUCUACUUUAUUUGGUAGACUGUGUAUUUUGAAGAUUGUUAAACACUCUUUGAUCACAUCUAUCAUGUUUUAAAUGACUCCAGAUUUUGCUGAUAAACUGUGAGCCCCUAGAGACUAAUGUCCUCUCUUUUAGUGACAGAAGAAGUAGAGCUAUAAGGGCUACCUGUCUGGCUGUGACUGUAUCUGUGUCGCAUGUAAACUGUUCAGAUCCCUUUUCUAUGUGAACACAUGUUUUAAUGACCACAUCUGCAGAGUUCCCCCUCCCCCACCAGGUAAAUGUCUACCAUCCACCAGGUCUCUGGUGUUUGGGGAGUUAAAUCUCUGUCCUUAUGCAACCCUUGGUCCCUUUGCUGACAUUGUCAGUUUGGGCGCUGUUUUGUUGCGUCGUGGACACCUGUCUGCUGGGAGGUUCCAGAUUGUAUUUCCAUGCUCAGCAUUUAGUCCGGUUGUAGACGAGACAGAUCUGGGCCUCAUCUCUUUUAAAAUCUCAUUUGCAAACUCAUUAAGAAACUCAGGAAAUGCGAUGACUGCUGGAAACAUCUAUGCAAAUGAGCAAUAAAGCUUGCUGAACAGCUGUUUGUGCGACGUGACUCGUGUUAUGUCGUAAGGAUGAUGCAUUUGUAAUGUUAAACUCUGAGCUGGAGAUUACGUGGACUCUGGAUUUGGAAAGGUGAUUAAGCUUUUUUUGGUAAUGCUGUCGACUACAAGGGAAUGGAAUUGUUCUGCCCUGCUUUGGGCCUGGGCAUGCAGAAACCUAAGAGUAGAGGAAACUAUUACAAUGCAUUCUGAGUGAUGUAUUUGCCCGCAUCGUGAUGUGAUGGGCUGGACCUUGCUUGCUUGUAGUGGGUGGUGGUAAAUGCUUUUUUGCUUCUCCCAUCAACAGAAUUCACCUUGAAUGUUAAUCCUAAAGCGCUUUGCUGGCUGUGUACAUGGCAUGAGGAAUACACACUUACAUGUUGGAUGGGUUGCAAUAGUCAGUUCUGUACCAACAGGUCUCCAGGCCAGGUUUUAGGAAGGGACAAAUAUUGGAGGGAGAUUUUAGGCAGGCAGAAUGCUAUUACUUAGAUGGCCCUGGUGGGAAGUGCCAUAGGACUAUUAAGGGCACACAAGAGGUCAAGAUCUAGAUUUUAAUAGUUCAGGCAGAUGAAGGACUUUUAUUGAAGAUUAUGUCAAUUCCUCUCCUGUUCGCAGUGCCUUUGAACUGCCUGUUCCUAAGCUGGCUGCACAUCAUCUGUCCCUGACCAAGUUAAUUCAUUGCAAGGUGGAGAGCUGGCUCUUUCCCCUUGUCCUCACGCUGCUCUUUCAUCUCUAGUGACCACAAGCUUCAGAGGGGUGGCAGAGUUAGUCUGUAACUGGAAAAACUUAAAAAAGCAACCAAUAGUCUAGUAGCAUCUUAAAGACCUACAAAACAUGUAGAGCUUUCGUGGGCAAGACCCACUUCCUCAGAUGACUAGUGACCAGGGCAAUGAAACAUGCCUGGUAAACUUUAUUUCCCACUUGCGCUCUGUCCAUUAGGUGGUGCUGUGGAGCCAACACUAACACCUAAGAAGUGCAGCAGUGUCACUUUCUGGGGCUGAGUGACAGCCUGCGUUUGGAGUGGUGCUGCCUGGCCUGAAAGAGCAAGCGGCGUAUUUAGCCGCCUUUUAUUUCUACUUGAUUUCUGCAGAGGUUCCAUUCUCCUGCAGAAAUGGCCAGUCUGAGAGAUGAUUCACAGAUUUUUCCUGUGUGUGAGGAGGCAGCAUCCUUCCGUCUGAAAUGAUGUCCAGUCCGCUGCUUUCCGCCCCCACGUUUUUCAAGCCCUGAGCUGCACAGAGAUGAGUGCUGCACUUCAAAGGGUUGUGGAAUUCCUAUCUCUGAAGUUGAAGAACAGCUGGGACCAACACCUGUCAGGCAGUGUUUAUUGUGAGCUUGUGUGGCCACUCGAGAGAGAUUCUAAAGCCAUCCAGCUGAUUCAUUGAGUGCCCACGGCUUAGUUUGUCUCUCGCCGGGUGGUGCACAUUCGCACAUGCCUUGGUGCACGUAAUUUAUUUCUCACAUGGAUGGAAGAGAUUAGAAGGAAUGUUGCUGUCAGGAAUGGUGUAGAUUCACUUGAUUCUGUGGUAUUAUAGGGGCUGGACUUGAUGACCUCUCCAGGUUCCUUUCAACCCUCCCAUUCUGUUCAUGUUUCAGCUGCCUCACUGCAGUGCUAUUCCCAACUAUGCAUGAUAUGAGCACUAAGAAAUCCUGCUGCUAUGUUUGAAAUGUUUGCCCAGCAGGUGGCAAUGGUGAACAUCACUAGAGCAGUGGUCUCCAACCUUUUUACACCCAAGAUCACUUUUUAAAUGACAGAACAAGCCAAGAUCCACUGCCCCAUCCUUCCCCCAAGACCCCACCCCUUCCUUGAAGCCCU